ACCAGCUGACCAAACUGAAGUCGACGGAAAUGUACAGCCUAAUGGCACCGUGUAAAGUAGCUUAGUGAGAUGACAGCGGGCUACGCGUCUCUCUUCAUUGGCCUCCAUUGAUCUGAAAUUGCUUAUUUUAUUGAUGAAGGUGAGACGAGUAACUAGCCAUUAGCUUAUGUGAAACGUUAAAGCUAGUAAACAAGUCUGCAUACAGUGAAUGGGUCGCCGAUUCACUGGUCAUGGUCCACAGUCUUUUAUGAUGUAACUAAAGGAGAAGCUGAGAUGGAAGACAGCGAUGGGGAGGACUCUAUAGAAACACCUGAGCUGCCUCUGGAGAUCAUAGUUUACAUCCUGAGCUUUCUUCACGCUUCAGACAGAAAGGAAGCCUCUCUUGUCUGCCGCAGCUGGUACAAUGCCAGCCAGGACCUGCGCUUUCAGAAAAAUGUCACAUUUAGCUUCCCGGCUUCAGCCUCGUCCCUGGAGCUGGUCAGGGGUCUGGGCAGAAGGUCUCGCUGCAACCUGAUUAUCAGUCAGCUGGAUGGAUUCAGUGUGUCCAGAUCGCUGCUUCUGGAGGUGGGUCUGUGCCUGGGCUCUAAGUUGGAGAGCUUGGCCCUGCCUGGUAGCAGUAUAACAGAGGCCUCUCUACUGGCCCUCCUCCCUCGCCUCACCUCCCUCCGCAGGCUGGACCUCAGAGGUCUGGACAGUCUCUUCAUGUCCGGAGCUUUCCUCUCCAGGGAGGAGCACAGACAGCAGGUCAGUUCAGCUCUGUCUGGUUUGGAGGAGCUGGAUCUGUCCGACUUGCGCUACCUCUCCGACCUCACCUUCAACCGGCUCACCGGCUGCACCCCGUGCCUCCACCGCCUCUCUCUGGCCGGCUGCCAUAUCGCUUUCGAGUUCGACCCGUACCGAGGGUGCCCGGUGGGUGCUGUAGAGGACUCGUCUGCGUUACUGUCACUUAGGAACUUGCGGAGGUUGUUAACAGAGCAGAAAUCCACCCUCGUUGCUCUAGACCUCAGCAGAACCUCUAUCACCCCUGAGUCACUACGCACUAUUGCCCAGGUUCAAGGUUUGGUCUUAGAGGAACUGUGUCUGCACGGCUGUAAGGAGCUGACUGACUACUCAGUGGAGGUUCUGGUGAAGCACCAACCGAGCCUCAAGAGACUGGACAUCAGUGCCUGUACUGAGCUGACUUCCAGGGCUGUAGUUGCCAUAGCACGAGGCCUGAAGUCACUGACACACCUCUCUUUGUCCCGUGACUGGAGGAUCACUGAAAAAGGCCUCGCUGAUCUGCUGUCUGUGUCGUCCCUGAGGAGUCUGGAUCUGUCAGAGUGUCUGCACGUCAGCGGAGCAGAGAUAGUGAAAGGCUUGUCGGGAUCCGAUGCUGCCAGAGCACAGCUGGAAACGCUCAACCUCAAGAGCUGCACUUACAUUAGGGACGUUGCAGUGUUCUCUCUCACCAAGCUUCUUGGGAAUACUCUCCGUGAGCUGGACCUGACCCUGUGCGUCAAUGUGACUGAUUUGUCUGUGCGUGCUAUCACCACCUACUUGCAGGGGCUGGUAGUUCUGCGACUGGGCUGGUGUAAAGAAGUCACAGACUGGGGUCUGCUGGGGAUGAUGGAAACGACCAAGUGUGAGCCUGACGAGGAGAGGGGAGACAAGGGUCCCAGGUUCACCCGAACCUUUGGCAACAUGGGCUUCUUCAAGCCCCCUCGUUUGCCUUUUGAAGAGCGGCCCAAGCUGGUGACUCAGGAUGACCUGGAGCAGUUCAAACAGCAGGCGGGAGCUUCACUGUUAGCCCUUAACAGGCUGCAGGAGCUGGACCUCACUGCCUGCUGCAAACUCACUGACAGCAGCAUUGCACAGGUGGUACGCUACCCAGACCUCCAACGCCUGUCUCUCUCCAUGCUGCCAGAGAUCACUGACGCCAGCUUGUUGUCAGUAGCCUGGCACUGCCGCAGCCUCACCAGCCUGGCACUCAGCCACUGCCCACAAAUCAGUGACCACGGAGUAGCACAGGCUGCACCGUACCUCCACAGACUGCAGCAUCUCUACCUCUCCUGUUGUAACAACAUCACUGACAGAUCCUUGUUCCUUCUGGUGCAGCACUGUAAGCGGCUGAGAACACUGGACAUUUCAAGGUGCAAAAACAUCUCCAUUACAGCUGUGGACCUCCUUCAGUCACAGCUGCCCUUUUUAGAAAAUGUCCACUACAAAUUCAUAGGUGGGACGGAUCUUACUCUUACACUCUGACUGACUGACUGAAUGUCCUGGAUGACCACUGGACCUUUUCAAAAACAAAACCUGCGGACCAAAGCCCACUCUGUGAGCUGAGCUUUUGCACAUUUCAGUAAUUUGCGCCAGAUGUGAAGGAAAUGUAGAAAAGCUGUAAGAGUCACCUGUCAUCGAUACAUUGUCCUGUGAGUGAUUUUUCAACAGAAUUUCUCUUCUGUGUGGGCUGGUACUACAAGCUCUUGCAUGAGCCUGAUUUGGAUUAACAUCUGCAUGCAUCUGUACAUUUUCAUCCUACUGUUGUCCAAUGGCAGACUCAGGAACACGUGUUCAUGGUUGGAUUCAAACAAUCAGACAGAACAGGUUAGACUAACCAUCUUCAAAGAUCAUUAACUGUUGAGACAAGGGGAAAAGUUUGAAUUAAUUGAAUUUAUAUGGUGUAUCACCACUGAAGGUACAGAUUUUAUCUAAGGAAGGCAUUUUAAGGGGUUGUGUCUGUGUACAAUUACCUGUGCAAAUGAGAAACACAGAAACUGCCACAGUGAAAAGUAAAUAUUUUCACAGAAUCUCAUAAUGAGAAUGUGUGCUGUUUUUUUACUAUGUUUGUUUCUAGGAAGUACGUCGCCUAAAGGAGAUUGUGCUGGUUCUGUAAAUUGUCUCAUUGUAGCAAGAUAAUUUAUCCCUAGUUACAAGCCUAACAGGAUCUGAGAAAAACCAAAUGAUAGAACAAGCUGUCCCUUUGGCUAACCAAAGUGUCUCUAUUGGAAAAUAAAUUGUAGAUGAAAUUCCACAUGCUGACAAUCACAUUUUUAUUGCUUAACAUGAGCAAAAUUCCACCGUGUGAUUAUCACUAAAAAGGAAGUAAGACUUCAUUUAAUUGCUUGUUCUCGGCUACUUCCAUAUAACUCUGCUUGAGAUUUUUUGACAGUUCUGUGCUGCUACAGUAAAAAUAAAAAUGGGAUAUGAAGUGAAACAAGA